GCGGGCGGUGCCGCCGCUUUUAGGGCCGCCCCGCGGCGGCUGCCGGAGCCGGCGGAGCAGCGCGGGCACGGGGCGGCGGCAGCGCCAUGUCCUGAGGGGAGGAAGAAGAAGAAGAGGAGGCGGCGGCGGCGGUCGGCGGCUUGGAGCCCCCACCACGGAGGGGUCGGUGGAGCAGCGGGCCAAGGGCCGGGCCCCCAUGAAGGAGAAGGAGGCCGGGGCGGAGCGGGGCAAGCCCGCCACCUACACCGGGGACAAGAAGGCGCGCAUGGCGGCCAAAACCAACAAGAAGUGGGUGCGCCUGGCCACCGUGCUGGCCUACGUGCUGUCCGUCUCGCUGGCCGCCAUCGUCCUCGCCGUCUACUACAGCCUCAUCUGGCAGCCGGUGCGCGGCGGCGCCGGCCCCGCCGCCAACUCCUCCUCGCAGCCCCACGCUUCCCCGUCGCCCGGCUCCAGCCCCGGCUCCGCCGCCCCGCGGCCUCCCGCGACCACGCAGGAGGCAGCGGCGCGGAGCGGCCUCCUCCAGGCGGGGGGAGGCCCGGAGAAGCCACCGCCACCCCCGGCCGAUGCUGCUGCUUCUGCCACCCCCCCGUCGCCUCCUGCCGGCCCUGCCAAGGACCCCGCGUUGCCGCCGGGGUCGCACGGAGGCGGCGCCCCCCCCUGAGGAGCCCCCGCCGAGGCUGCCCGGGGUGGGGGCGCUGGAGGCUGACCGCUGGAGGACGGUGGCUGCGGGACAUCCUUCUCUCCCUCCUCCCCGAAAUUUGUCCUCCGAAGGGGGGCGGGGGGGGGUUCGUGGCUUCGUUCUGCGCUAGCUUCUCCCUCCGAACCCGCGUUGGACUCGUGCGCUGCUGGCGUCCGGCUGUUACCGUGAGAGGAUAUCGGUGGUGCCCGAAAUCUGUCGCUGUUGGCAGGACCAGCCGGGAACAAAAUGGAUUUAGAGGCUGUAACCCGUUGUUUAAGUACCAAGUUUUGUUUAGCCAAUGAGCAUAAACUUAUUUAAAAAGAUGUGAAGAGGUAAAUUGACUUGUUUACUAUAUUAAAAUAUUUUCCCAAUAUGAAA